UAAAGUGAAUAAAAUAUGACACGUCUUCAAAUAAUUAAAAUGAACUUUUUAAUUUUUGUUUUAAUAUUGUGCGUAGAUGCUGAUCACCACAACAUUAAAAAACACGCAGAUAUAUUAAAUAAAUUCUUUAAAAACCCUAGAUGGCAAGAUUUGAAAGACUUUAAAAACGUUAUUUAUUUUAAAAAACCAUAUACUAUAGAGAUGUUUUUCAAGAAACCAAUCGAGAAAAAAAAUUGUAAUAUUUCUAUACGUGUUGCAACUUUGUUUCUUGGAUGUACAUAUGGUAAUACUUUAAAGAAAAUCUUCUACAUUAUCAUUAAAUUUAUUGAUCACUGCAAGGAAUAUGUUGAGAAAAAAGACGAAGACCAAACUUAUGGACACAUUUGUACUGAAGUAUUUUUAGACACUAUAUACAAUUUAGUUCCAAUGAAAACGAAAAUGAAAGGUGCUAUGGACGCUAUUGAAAGCUUACACACUAUUCCAUGGUAUAAAAAUUGCACCUGUGUGAAAAAUUUGAAAAUCAAUACACCUGAUGCAGUAAAAUCUGGAUCGACAUUAAAAUUGAAUUGCACAUAUGAUUUAGAAAAACAAGCUUUGUAUUCAAUAAAAUGGUACCUCAGAGAUCAAGAGUUUUAUCGGUACGUGCCAAAAGAAUCACCUCCUACCAGAGUUUUUCCAAUGGCCGGUGUUAUUGUAAAUGUACAAGAAUCAGAUGCUAACAAAGUAACGAUUGUUAAUAUUCGGAGAAUAUUGACGGGGUUUUACAAAUGCGAAGUAUCAGCAGAUGCGCCUUAUUUUCACACGGCCAUAAAAACUAAACUCACAUAUGUAACAGAUGAACCAAAGCAACCACCAAAGUUACUAGUAAAAAAAAUGAAGUAUUCAGCUGGCGAUCACAUUAAUGUUAGUUGUAUUACGACUGAAAGCUAUCCUGCCGUUAAUGUUACGUGGUUCGUAAACAAUCAUACGGCUGAUUCUAUACGAACAGUGCAUAUAAAAACAGUAAUUGAAUAUCUACCAGAUGAUUUAGUAAUAACUAGAUCAUACCUUCACACAACAGCGGACCCAAUGAUUUUUUCGACCGGACGAAUUAAAAUCAGAUGCCAAACAACUCAAUUUGAUUUGUAUAAGUCGUGGUCUGACAUUGAACUAAUUGACAAUGCACCGCCUAAAUUAGCACAAGUUAUUGGACCGAGUUCAUCGCCACGAGCAAAAAACUCAGUCAACAAAAUACAGAGUUAUGUAUUUUUAACAUUAGUGAUGAUAUUAUUAACGUAAGAAAUGGUAGCUGUGAAUGACUUCGUACUUUAUAUUCAUGAAUCAAAAAAGAAAAUCUGUUAUUUAACAGCAAUUUUCAACGUGUAACUAAAAGUUUAGCUUGUUGUUAUAGAUAUACAAGAGUUAAGAAUUACUUAUAAAAAUAAUAUGAUUGCUGUUGAAACAACCUAGAUAAUAUAUGAUUACUUUAUUGUUUUUUUAAAUUUGAAUUGUUUUUAAAAUGUUCUUUAUAUUUGUUGAAUGUAAAUUAUUGUUAAGAAUACCAUAAGAAUUAGUAAGUGCUAUUAAAUAUAAAGUUAACUACUUUUA